AUGUUGUUGGACAUGGCCCACUCUUCCAGCUGCUGUAUCUCCAAGCCCAUGGAAGUGUCCUCUUGGAUGCUGGUUAAUGGUAUGGCUCGGGACAGCCCUACAUCGUCUGCAUACCCAGUGUCCAGAGUGUCACUGAAGACAACUUUUCGGAGGAGCGAGGGUGAUGGGCUGCCCCAUGCCACGCGGGUGAAGGAGGGCUCCAGCGGGCUGGUACUGGCGCUGGUGUCCAUGGCGUGUGUGGGCGGGGUGGUGGUGGUGGCGCUGACCAUCGCCUGUCUCAGACACCACACUCAGCAGCUGGCCUCAGGGAAACUGGGCCUCGGACCCGAGGGAGGACCAGAGACACACUUUGACUACCAGGAGCUCUGCAGGCAGCACAUGGCAGCCAAGACGUCGUUCAGUCGUCAGGAGGCGGUGGGUGUGGGAGCGGGGGGCCGGAGGGGGACGGACACGUCCAGGGUGAGCAGUGUGUCGUCCCAGUUCAGCGACGGACCCCAACACAGCCCCUCCUCACACAGCAGUACACCCUCCUGGAGCGAAGAGCCCGCCCAGUCAAACAUGGACAUCUCUACUGGUCACAUGAUACUGGCCUAUAUGGAGGACCAUCUGAAGAAUAAGGACCGUCUGCUGAAGGAGUGGGAGGCUCUGUGCUCCUACCAGGCUGAACCCAGUGCUGCUACAGUAGCACAGAGUGAACCCCACCUGGAGAAGAACCGCUGCCCUGACUCUCUGCCCUAUGAUCACUCCCGUGUAAAACUGAAGGCAGAGAGCAACUCCACCAAGGAAGACUACAUUAACGCCAGCACCAUAAUUGACCACGACCCUCGACUGCCUGCUUACAUCGCCACCCAGGGACCACUGGCACACACCAUCGCUGACUUCUGGCAGAUGGUGUGGGAGAAUGGAUGCACAGUGAUAGUGGUGAUGACUGCCCUGGUUGAGGACGGAGACACUCAGUGUGUUCGCUACUGGCCUGACGAGGGAUCCUCCCUCUACCACAUCUACGAGGUGAACUUGGUCUCUGAACACAUCUGGUGUAAGGACUUCCUGGUUCGUAGUUUCUACCUGAAGAACGUGCAGACCCAGGAGACUCGUACCCUGACACAGUUCCACCUGCUCAGCUGGCCCGCCAAUGGAAUCCCCACCUCCACACGCCCUCUGCUGGACUUCCGCAGGAAGGUGAAUAGGUGUUACAGAGGUCGAUCCUGCCCCAUCAUCGUCCACUGCAGUGACGGCACUGGCAGAACUGGAACCUACAUCCUUAUUGACAUGGUCCUCAAUCGCAUGGCUAAGGGUGUGAAGGAGAUUGACAUUGCUGCGACAUUGGAACACAUUCGGGACCAGAGACCGAGCUUAGUGCACACCAAGGACCAGUUUGAGUUUGCCCUGACCGCCGUGGCUGAAGAGGUCAAUGCCAUCCUGAAGGCUCUGCCACAGUGAACCCUGCUAUAUCUACCACCUCAACCACCGGUGCCACCUGUGCCAACAACCAGGGAGGAACUACAUUUCCCAGAGUGUAUUGCUAUUACUGAAGCCUGGUUUGUGCUGUCUCGCCAACUCCUGUAGUCAUUGUCACACCAAGACCAGCACAAACAGAUCUGGGACCAGGCUUCUGUUAUUAUGCUUUCAUAACUAAAUUAAAUGUGGUUUCAAAGAAUUCUGUAGAUUAUUCAGAUCAGACAAGAACACUUCAAAUGUACGGUAAGGACCCCUUUACAGUGUCUUGUCAUUGGAUUGUAUGUUGAGAUCUGCCUCUUGAAAUACUGUGACUUGAUACUGUAACAUUUCUCCUUUCUCACUCUGAUCCUCAGUCUCAGACAUGUCUCACUACAAUUACCAUCUGCUGUCAUUGAGAUGUUGUAUUACCAUGUUCCCUCCUGAUCUGCUGUCAUUGAGAUGUUGUAUUACCAUGUUCCCUCCUGAUCUGCUGUCAUGGAGAUGUUGUAUUACCAUGUUCCCUCCUGAUCUGCUGUCGUGGAGAUGUUGUAUUACCAUGUUCCCUCCUAAUCUGCUGUCAUGGAGAUGUUGCAUUACCAUGUUCCCUCCUAAUCUGCUGUCAUGGAGAUGUUGUAUUACCAUGUUCCCUCCUGAUCUGCUGUCAUGGAGAUGUUGUAUUACCAUGUUCCCUCCUGAUCUGCUGUCAUGGAGAUGUUGUAUUACCAUGUUCCCUCCUGAUCUGCUGUCAUGGAGAUGUUGUAUUACCAUGUUCCCUCCUGAUCUGCUGUCGUGGUGAUGUUGUAAAACCAGUCAUUGUACUCUAGUAGGUAUCCAUCCACAUGGCAUAACAGCAUGAGGCCCAUGGCUCAUACACUUUUUUAAUGCAAGAAGACAGAGACCCUGACUAUGGCGAGGGUGAAGUGAGUGACAUUCUAGUGUAUCAUACGAUCCACCAGUUUCUCUAAGGGGCUGGUGUUUGCCUCUAACAUGAUUGUCUGUUAUUCAACUGGAACUAUAAACCCAUUGCUUUAUUUCUAUUCAUUUUGUAAUGGGAUUAUUACUGUAUACUGACUACCUGAAUCAUAUAUAUAUAUAUAUUAGUGUCUUCAGUGUUACUGUAAAACCUCUGUUAUUUUUGUAAAUAAUUCACCUCAUUAUUUCUUAAAUGUUUAUUAAUGUAGCAAACGUAGAAAACAAAU